AUGACAAGCAGCUGGGUCGCGAAGGUCAAAGCGUUUUUUGGAAUGGAGUCGGCGCCGAGGUGGAACAUGUAUCAAUGCAAUGUGUGUGGGAAGCUGACUAUGUCGAGGAUCGACUUACAAGUCGCGAAGAAGACGGUGGCGAUGAAGGGUGCGCGCGGCGAAAUAGCGACAUUGAUGCGGGAGGGGAAAUGGGAUUUGGCCAGCGCAAAGGCGGAGGGCUUGUUGAGAGAGCAGAAGCUGUUGGCGGUAUACGCGAGGGUGAAGUUCUUUUGUGAGUUGUUUCUGUCGCGCCUGCAAGUGCUGGAAGCGAACGAACAAAUACCAGACGACAUGUUGACCUGUUUGGCGAGCUUGGUCGUCGCAGCCUCGGGACUGGCGAUACCCGAACUGAACAAGAUAUCGCUUAUGAUUGCGCACAGGUAUGGGGAAGACUGGGCGAAGGGCUGCCGCCAGAACUUCUUCGACUGCGUGGACUCGGUGGUGCAGGAUUACGCGACGCGCGGCUUGCCGGCGAGAGAAGAGGUGCUGGAAACGCUGGAGAACGUGGCAAUAGAGCACGAGGUGCAGUGGGACCCGACGAAGUGGAAGAGGGAGCAAGUCGAAGACAAAGAGGAGUCGACGGAGGAGGACCCCGUUCCGGAGUUUCCUCCCGGCGCUCUCUCCGAGGCGCUCGCGCGCCUGGACCGCCUGGAUCGACUUGAGAGGUGCCCGAGGGAGGAGGGAGAUGGGGACGCGCUGGAGAGGCGCCUGGGAAAGUUGAAGAUCGCGUCGGAGCUCUGAGCAGAGAGAAGGAGACGCCAGAGCGGCGCGAUGUGUACACAAAUGUAUGUGCCCCCGCAGGGUGUGUCGGGCGUGUGUGUGCACGGGGCUUUAGGGGGCGUCAGAGGGGUUGAUAGGGACGUGAUUGAAGGCCUUUGCUUGCAGGUAGAACCUGCAGGCCGCGUGGUUGGUCAGAGUUUCUUGGAUGAGGGGUUUUCCUUUCAGAGAGUAGACGUAGG